GAUCAUUUGAUAACAGUUAUCAAUAAGUCCUAUUCCAUUGAUUUAUAUGAAAAAAGGGAAGACUCAAUUCAUUACCUUUUACCUAAAGAUAAACUUAAAGUAUUUUUAUGCAAUUUUAAAGCAUGUUGGGAGCUAUAGGUGAGGGGUCAUGGCACAAAUGACUUAGUAGUGAUGUUAAAAUUUCUGGUUUUUAUGACAUGGGAGUCAAUCUUACAGUAAUGUUUUUUUCAUGUCUGUUUUGCAGGAAAGUCAUGGAUUACUACAGGAAACAUGCAGCUGUCAUUCUCGUUACAUUGACUAUGUUUCUGCAUAUUCUCUAUUCCUUCCCUGAUGGUGAAUUUGGAAUGCAGGGUUGCCCAGAAUGCAAACUAAAGGAAAACAAAUAUUUCUCCAAGCUGGGUGCCCCAGUUUACCAGUGCAUGGGUUGUUGCUUCUCCAGAGCAUAUCCCACACCAGCAAGAUCUAAGAAGACAAUGUUGGUCCCAAAGAACAUCACCUCAGAAGCUACAUGCUGUGUGGCUAAAGCAUUUACCAAGGCCACAGUAAUGGGAAAUGCUAAAGUGGAGAACCACACAGAAUGCCACUGUAGUACCUGUUAUUACCACAAAUUUUGACUAUGUUGCAAAGAGCCGCUGAUGAUUGCUAGCUUCCCAAGAUGAAAAAUUAAUUUGUUCAGUGCUAUGGCUUUGAGACAUAAAACCUCCUUUCCCCUUAUCAUACCUCUACCGACAUGCUUCAAGGAUAUACUGCAGCUUAAUUGUCUUAUUAUUUUUCCAAUGAUAUAAUCAAUAAUCGAGUUCUUUAAAUUUGGUAUGAGCUUCGAGCAUGAUCAUUAAAAACCUGGUCCCACUAGAAAUAAAGUCUUUCAAUCAUGA